AUGAAGAACUGUCUUGGACGAGUUUUAGUGCUCAUUAAGGGGUUGCAAAAAGUGCAUUGUAGCUCUCCAUCAGACGCUACCACGACGUAUGGGGAGCGUAUCGAAUUACCUAGGAAUGCACCUAUCGCUGAUCUGUGGGUGAAAAUUGAUUACGAACCAUGCUUUCAUGAGUACAAGGAGGUUCAAGUCAUUGCGGAUGAGGCAUCUAUUGGUGCAAAUUUUAUCCAUAUCAAUGAGCAUCUGGUGGCAUUCACGAAUCGAGGAACCGAUGUCACCUUUGGCUUAAAGAGUGGCCCUAUAUCAUUGUCUGGCGAAGCCCAAGUCAGCACAAAGUUGGAUGUUCUUGAGAUCGAUGAUAUCCUUACAAUUAAAUAA